AUGAGGGAGGGCACGCUCCUCCCAGUAGAGCUCAUCGACGAGAUCGUUGGUUAUGUCCGCCACGACAAGCACGCACUGCAAGCCUGCGCCUCCGUCUCCAGGGCUUGGAACGCCGUCGCCCGCUCGUACACCUUCCGCCGGGUCACCGUAAAAGACGAGGACAAGCUGUCCGAGCUCGAGGACCUGGUCCAGGUCGACCCUGACAUCGGCCUCUGCGUUCGAGAGCUCAUCUUUGGGCCCUUCACGCCCUCCAAAACCUACCGGGCCAGCAUCAAAUGGGUCGCCCGAAUACCCAGGGUCCUCCCCGCCUUCCUGCCCCAAGUCCGCGCCAUCCGCUUCGAGCGCCUCUCCGACGCCGCCGAGUACUGCGACGCCAAGUUCUUCAGGGCCUUCACCGCCUUCGCCUCCGUCACCCGCCUCGUGCUCGACGACUCCGCCGUCAACAUCCCGACCCUCCGCGCUUUCGCCUGCUCGUUGCCGCACCUCCAGGAGCUCGCCGUGCUCGGCAUGCUCCCGCUCAUGGUCAACGUCUGGCAACCGCCCCCGCUCAUCUGCCGCCCGCGCUUCACCUCGCUCGCCCUCGACUUCGCCGUCCAACCGUCGACGACGAUGGCCGACUUCCUCGACUGGUUCCACAAGUCCGAGGCCCGCCAUACCGUGCGCUCCCUCGACCUCGCCGUCAAGGUCCUCGACGCCAAGCCCGUCAACACCCUCCUCGCCGCCAUCGGCCCCACCCUCGACCACCUCGGCCUCAAGCUCCAGGCGCUCUUCAGCUCGUCCUGGGAGUGCGACCGUAAGUGCGCCCCUUCUCCCCCCGCCCCCGCUGACGCGUGCCACAAAGCCGUCGCUCAUCACGUUCCUCAUUUGCCCAUCUUUUUCUUUUUUGCACAGUUAUCAAGGGCGCCAUCAGUGUCGCGCCCUGCCGCGCCCUACGCUCGCUGGCCCUGCACAACCCCCUGUCACGUGCGAUGA